UUUUUAAAUUAACUGUCAAGAAAUUCAAAACAAGGAUUACCGAACCCAAAACUUAUUUCUGUUUACUUUAUUUUGCAUGUAUCUGCAUUGUUUGUUCAUCAAUAGACAUUGUUUAUUACUUUUACCAGACAUUUUGACAUAUUUAUUUGUGCUACUCGUGUCCUUACUUUGUGUACAAGUGUCUGCUGAUCAUCAUACGAUGGCUCCUAGGGGUACGCCAAAAGCGACGCAAAUACCACUGAUAGAGCGUGGUAAUUCGAUCUCAAAUGUAUCUAAGAGCAUGGUGCUGCCCGUUAGAUCUAGAACAAAUACUGGAAAUAAAGCGGCACCCCCUGUUGGGCGCAAAGGAUCAUCCCCCUUACCUACUCCAAACAGUAAAGCUGGUGCUAAAAGGCUUAUGAAUCCAGUCCGGCCACUCCAAGACAAGCCGUUGGAGAAAAAGGUGACGGCGCCCACCACGCCGGGCCGGCGCGCGCGGCCGCCCACCAACAACACGGAGAGUGUCAAGAAAAGUAUCAAGAAGAAACGCACACUGAAACCCGCACAUUCUGGCGUUCCUGUCCCAGAGAAAAUGAAGAAAUUACUCCUCACCAAGUUUUUGCAAGACGAAAACGAGUCCAGACUGAAGUAAAUCACUUCAGUUUAGAUUUUGUAUUGUGUGAUCUUUUUCACAUUGUAAAUAUGUGGGAUACUUCUAUGGUUUUUCAUGCUUUUGCAUGAGAACAGGAUGGAGUCUGCCUUUAACUAUUAAUUUUUUUGAUUGUCACUAUAUCAUUAAGAUUUGCCAUG